GUUUUCCAUAGAAAAACCCAUGAAGGGGAGUUAAUGAAGGCCAGUUUAACAUUGUUAUCAUUACUUCAAAUUCCGAUAUAUAAUUUCAGUUACAACUAUAAUACACCUGCUUUAGAUUCAGUUAUCGAUUUCACCUGUGACCUGUGAGCAACCAACGGUUUCUGGGCACUUAGGUACUUUGGUACUAUCCCUGAAAGGACUGCCUACCAUGGGUGGCUCUGGCACUAUUGUUCUCAUUCUUGGUUUAGUUUCAGCUACAAUGUCUUGCUCCAACUCGUAUAAAAGCCUACACAUUUUCAAUGUAUUGGAUUAUGGAGCCCUGAGUAAUGGCAUAACAGAUGAUUCAAAAGCAUUUUUGAAGGCAUGGACUGCAGCUUGUGAUAACCCAAGAGCUGAAAAUCCAACAGUGGUCAUUCCAAACCGGAAUUUUCUGCUUAACCCAGUUGUGUUUAGAGGUCCAUGCCAAGCUAAGAACAUCAAUUUUCUGAUUCUAGGCAGGAUUUUGGCACCAACUUCAACUACAGCCUGGGAAGGGCUAAACCCAAGUCAAUGGUUGGCUUUUCAGGGCAUAACCGGGCUUAACAUCGCCGGUCCGGGUUGGAUUGAUGGCCGGGGUAGUGGUUGGUGGGAUCAGUCAUGCAAGUAUCAUCCUACCCUGGAAGGAUGCACAAAACUGGCCCCAACAGCAGUAAAGCUUGUAUCAUGCAAGAACAGCAGCCUCAGUGAUAUUCAUUUCAUCAAUAGCUCUCAAACCCAUGUGUUGAUAAUGCUUUGUGAUGGAAUAAAAAUCAGUGAUUUGACAAUUCAAGCUCCUUAUAACAGUCCCAAUACUGAUGGUAUCCAUGUUCAUGCCUCUCAGAAUCUGAUUAUCAACAACAUUGUAAUAGGAACCGGGGAUGAUUGUAUUUCUAUUGGGGACUAUACUUCUAAUGUACAAAUAUCCCAAAUUCAAUGUGGACCAGGUCAUGGAAUAAGCAUUGGAAGCCUAGGAAGAGGAGGAAACUCUGUGCAGGUAGAGAACAUUUAUGUGAGUAGAGUUUAUCUCAAUGGAACUACAAAUGGAGCUCGAAUCAAGACAUGGCAGGUUGGCAACGGUUAUGUCCGAGGGGCGAUUUUCGAGCAGUUCUACUGCACUUAUGUGAAAAACCCAAUUAUUAUUGAUCAAAACUAUUGCUUCAUCAGAGGUGCCUGUCAAGAACUGCAAAGAGGAGUUCAAAUAAGUAAUGUGUCAUUCAGUGACUUUUAUGGGACAGCAAGCACUGAUGUGGCUAUCAAUCUCAAUUGCAGUCGAACCAUUGCUUGUACUGGAAUUUUAUUGUCGAAAAUUCAGCUAAAGUCUGUCAAACCUGAACAUAACCUCACCUCUAUUUGCACCAAUGCUCAUGGUUAUAGCUUGGGAGGGGUUGCACCAAGUUCUUGUCUUCAAAGCUAACCUUUUAUCUUUCAACUCUUUGUGGCUUGUAUGAAAUUUAUUUCCAAGUGUUGUAAUAGCCUUGUUUGUUGUGUUUCUGUGAGUACAUUAAAGGAUGUGCACAAUAGAUCAUGGACUCAUUUGGCCUACUUGUAAUUCUACAGUUUAUCAAGUGUUGGGGUAGGAUAGCUUUGCUUUGAAGAAUAAUUUUGAGUAAUUUAUAUCAUUUUUUACAAAA